AUGGGUGCCAUUUCGAGGACUAUUUUUCCUGCAUGUGAAAGCUUGUGUUUCUUUUGUCCUUCAUUGAGGGCAAGGUCAAGACAUCCUCUUAAGCGCUACAAGAAAUUGCUUUCUGAUAUAUUUCCCCGAUCCCCAGAUGAGCAACCAAAUGAUAGAAAAAUUGGUAAACUAUGUGAAUAUGCUUCAAAAAACCCUCUUCGAAUACCAAAGAUAACAACCUCGUUGGAGCAAAGAUGCUACAAGGAUCUGAGAAAUGAGCAAUUUCAUUCUGUCAAAGUUGUAUUAUGCAUAUACAGGAAGUUAUUGGUUUCUUGUAGGGAACAAAUGCCAUUGUUUGCAAGUAGCUUACUUGGAAUUGUUCACAUUCUAUUGGAUCAAACACGGCAUAAUGAGAUACGGACUUUAGGAUGUCAAGCUCUAUUUGACUUUGUAAAUAAUCAGAUAGAUGGCACUUAUGUCUUCAAUUUAGAUGGUUUAGUUCCAAAACUUUGUGCUUUAGUGCAAGAGAUGGGCGAAGAUGAGAAGAUAAAUGAACUUCGAUCAGCAGGGCUUCAAGCUCUUUCAGCAAUGGUGUGGUUCAUGGGUGAAUUCUCUCAUAUUUCAGCAGAUUUUGACAAUGUUGUUUCUGUUGUCUUGGAAAAUUAUGAAGCACAAAAAGGAUCAGACAAUAAAAUGGUGAACACAAAUGUUGAACAAAGUUCCUCUUCUACAAACUCUAUGACAACAAUCCCCUCGUGGAGAAGCAUUAUUAGUGAGAAUGGAGAACUAAUUAACAUAUCUAUGGAAGAGUCCAAAGAUCCCUCAUUUUGGUCUAGAGUUUGCUUGCGGAAUAUGGCUCAACUAGCAAAGGAAGCUACAACUAUGCGGCGUGUACUUGAAUCUUUGUUUCGCUACUUUGACAGUGGUGAUCUAUGGGCUCCUGAUGAUGGCCUUGCUCUCUCUGUACUACUGGAUAUGCAAUCAAUAGUGGAGAAUUCAGGACAUAACACACAUUUUGUGUUGGCCAUCUUAAUCAAGCAUCUUGACCACAAGAAUGUUCUAAAGAAGCCUAGCAUGCAGCUUGAUAUUGUCAGCAUUUCCACUUGUCUUGCUCAAGCAACCAAGGCCCAACAGUCUUUAGCUAUUGUGGGUGCAUUGAGUGAUAUGAUGAGGCACCUAAGAAAAAGCAUACACUGCUCUCUGGAUGAUUCUGAUCUGGGCAAUGAAGUCAUAGAGUGGAAUCGUAAAUUUCAAGAGGCAGUAGAUGAGUGCCUUGUACAAUUAUCACAAAAGGUCGGAGAUGCAGAUCCUAUUCUUGACGUGAUGGCUGGAAUGUUGGAGAAUAUGUCAGCCAUUACAGUCAUGGCAAGAACCUUAAUUGCAACUGUUUACCGAACUGCUCAAAUUGUUGCAGCCAUUCCAAAUUUGUCCUACCAUGAUAAGGCAUUUCCCGAAGCAUUGUUCUUUCAGUUACUUCGAGCUAUGGUCUAUGAUGAUCAUGAAACACGGGUGGGUGCACAUCGUGUAUUCUCUAUCGUUCUUGUCCCGUCCUCUGUUUGUCCCCGUACCAACAAUGGUUCUACGGUAUCCAAUAAAUCGGCCGAUAUCCAAAGAAUGCUUUCAAGAACAGUGUCUGUGUUUUCUUCCUCAGCUGCACUCUUCGAAAAGCUAAAACGAGAAUCAAAUUCCUCUCAAAAAAAGAUGAAAGAUGAUAGAAAGGUUAAAUAUGUUGACUGUAAUGAUGGUCAAAUGAAAAAUUCUCCUUCGAUGAUGAAUAGAUUGAAGUCCUCAUACAGUCGAGCUUAUAGCAUAAAAGAGCCAGCUCCAGCUUUGCCAACGGAUCUGAGUAAUAUGAGUGUUGCCGAGAAAGAACAGAUUGUAUCCCUUAGGUUAAGUAGUCGGCAAAUAGGACUUUUGCUUUCUUCGAUUUGGGCACAAUCCUUGUCACCUCUUAAUGAACCUUCAAAUUAUGAAGCAAUCGCUCAUACUUACAGCCUGACAUUGUUAUUUGCAAGAACCAAGAACUCUUCCAAUGAGACUCUAAUUCGGAGCUUUCAGCUUGCGUUCUCACUAAGGAGCUUUGCUCUUGCAGGAGAAGGAGGGAGAUUAAAGUCAUCCCGUCGUAGAUCAUUGUUUACCCUGGCAUCAUCUAUGAUCAUUUUUACAUCCAAAGCAUACAACAUCCCUCCACUUGUUUCUAGUACUAAAGCUACAAUGACAGAGAAAACGGCCGAUCCAUUUCUUCAUUUGGUUGAUGAUAACAAGUUACAAGCGGGUAACAUGGAUAUAAAUCAACCAAACAAAGCUUAUGGCUCUAAGGAAGAUGAUGAGCAAGCAAAGAAGUCGCUUUCAGCAAUCGUAACAUCAGAGAGUCAAUCUACAGAAGCAUUGGCAUCGAUGAUAAUGAAGUUUAUUAAACUACCGUCAAACGAAGAGCUAUCCAUGCGACAACAGUUGCUUAGUGAAUUUAUUCCACAUGAUUCAUGUCCUCUGGGAGCUGAAUUGUUCAUGGAUGUACAAGAGAACAAGUCGGCAAGGAAAGGAAAGGAAAAUGAACUUUCUAACAAGGAGACAUCUUCAUUGUUCACAAUUGAUGACAAUGCACCAUCAACAGCUGAGGGUCACGCAGAAGCUGAUAAGCAGCAAGCUAUUGAAAGUCCAAGCCUCAUUAGUGUUGUUGACCUUCUAACUGCAGUGUCUGAAACAACGAAUCAAGUUGGAAGAUCUUCGGUCUCAACGCCGCCCCACAUUCCUUACAUGGAAAUGGCUGGCCAUUGUGAAGCUCUUUCUGCUGGAAAGCAACAAAAGAUGUCUGUUGUAUUAACUGUCAAUCAAAGGCAAGAAAGCGCAAUCAAAAAAUCGGUUAUUGAGCAAAACAAACCAAAACAGAACCCAUUUGAUCUUCCCAUUGAGCAGAGUGGAAACCCAUUCAUCAGCCAAAACUUCUUCACGAAUAUGCAAAAUGCACCUAGCUCGAGUGGCACAAUGCUAUGUGGAACCGAGUACCAGCAUCACCAAUACUUCCAGUUGCCAGCAUCGAGUCCAUAUGAUAAUUUUCUUAAGGCGGCUGGAUGUUGA